AUGAUAAUGAAAUUUUCAUUAAAUGCUCCAAUUAUUCAUGUUUCAGCUAAUACAAGUUCAACAUUUUCAGUACAAGCUGUUGUUACAAUAAAUAAUAAAUAUGAUUUUUCUAUAAAUAAAUAUCAUCCAAAUUCUGGUACACCAACAACAAAUUAUCCCGAAUCAUCACAAACACUAGCACAUCAACAAACACAAUUACCAUUAAGCAUGGAUUCAGUUUUAGUAUCGAAUAUAAACUUAAAUCGUCGUCAUUUGGGUGAUAAUUUCGAUGAACGUAUUCAACAACGACAUCAAAGUUUUGUUGUUACUGGUAAUAAUCGUUAUAUAAUAUCAACUGUACUCUGUGGUCAUUUUGAUAUAAUUACAUGUAUGUGUCGUUCGAAAGUAACUAUAGCUGGAAAUUAUUUUCUUGCAACUGGUUCAUGUGUUUGUACAGUUUGUAUUUGGAUAUGGAAUGGAAUAAAAGGUGCAAUAGUUGAUCGUGAAUAUCCAAAUCAAAGUAAUAAUUAA